AUGUCAUCUCGGAAGAAAUCUCGUCAAGAACAAAGAAAUUUGAUUAAUUCGCAAAAUAUCACAUGGCGAAAUGAUGAUUCUAAAUUUGGACAAGUGAUGCUAGAGAAGAUGGGUUGGAAACCGGGUUCUGGAUUAGGCAAAUAUGAACAAGGAAUCACUGAAAAUUUACAAAUGAAAGCAAACGUUUUAACAAAAGGUUUAGGAUGUAAUGAAAGAAACGAUGAAGUUUGGAUUGCUCAUCAUGAUAGCUUUGCAGCUAUUUUAGCUGAUUUAAAUAAGAAAAAAGAGAAUUCAAAAGCUGCUAAUCCAGUGAGGAAUAAUUUGAACAAAGUGAAGUCAAAAGUAAUCCUAAAUGAGCACAGGAAAGAUAGAUAUAUUCCAAAUUUAUCAAUGAUGUCAGAAAAAGAUAAAUGUGCUAUUUUUGGCAAGAGAUCAGCACCAAGUACUAGUGAUAAAAGCAUUGACGAGAAUAAGCAGAAAGAUGAAGUUAAAUCAGCACCGGCAUCUGGGAAUAUGAUUGUCAAUAAGAUUUCGAUCAAUGAUUAUUUUGCAGAGAAAAUGCUAAAAUUGAACGAAAGGCGAAAAAUUUAA